GUUACGUAAUCACAUAUUUUCUUUCUUUAAAAGUUUCACUCAAACCUACGCUAUUUUACCAACAAACAAUGUAGCGAUUGCGUCCGAAUUAUGUUUCUGUUCUUCCAUAUUGAAUAGCAAUAGGACUGAUAUUUAUUUGUUGUCUGUAAUAGCCAUAAAUGACAUCGCAUCUGGUACUCAGACUUGCCAUUGUUGAGUAAGAAUUCUUUUAAAGUUAUAACUGCGAUGUCGUCGUGUCAUCCAUGCCGUCUAAAGUGCCUAGUGAUCAGCGGUUCUCUCGUUGGUACCAUUUCCUUGCUACUGAGUGUUGGACUUUGCACUGUGUGGACCCUGGAGCUGAACAGAGUCGCGCUGAAGAAUGUUAACGAAUCCAGCUACGGAGGACUGCAGCUUCGGGCGGUGUUGGGCAUCGCGACAGGGGCGGCUGGGAUAGCAAUAUCGGCAGCGCUUGUGGUCGCCUUCAUUAAAUUCAUGAUGUGCAUGACUGCGGUGUGGCUGCUGUGGUGCAGUGCAUGCAUCACAUUCAGUGCGUACUACUUACUGCUCAGCCUUCCUCUCCUGAAGCGCCUAAGAGCAGAAGCGAGCAGCUGGUGGAUGGUGAUGGCCACAGACGCAGCACGUCCCAGUGUCGCCCUCGGAGUUGCGCUCGCCACAGCAUCGUGCUGCCUCGUCUUGUGCGCAGUCAUUGCUGCUACGCUCACGUAUAAGGUUCGGAAGGGAGACUUCGACGCAUACGUCUUCAGAGACAACGAUGAUGAUGAAUCCUUCGAGAUGAUUUAAAUGAAUUUAUUUUUAUUUCAUUCACCAGACGUUCAAUCAGUUGCGAGUAGUUGGAGAAAAACAGAUCAAAAUUCUCUAGUGAGAUUUCAUUUUGCUUACACUGAACUCACGAAGAAAAGAUUCAGUAAUCUCUGUAACGGAGGACCCGUAGGAAAUAUAUCGGAGGACAAUAAACUGUGUUAUGUUGAGUCAUGCAAUGGCUAACGGGAAAUCAUGGAAACAUACAUUAUUCAUGUAUUACAAAUUACCAAUUUAUUGUUGUGGACAAAGCUAUGAAAUUAUUUGUAAAAUGGUUGAUGGUUUAGAUUUAGGUUAAGAAUAUUUCAUCAGCAGUUUACUUCAUUUUUAUAACAAAAUAAACAUAUAUUUGUACAAAUAUACUGGAAUGUGCGAGCAAACAUGUACAGGCUCUAUAAAACAUGCAGUUCAGUGAAACAGGUCAGUAUUUUAUGCUAAUCGUUAAAAAAUUUUAUAACUAUUUCUCAUUUUUUAUUCUGCGAUCUCAAUUAAUAUUAUAGUAAUCUCAUACAAAUGUACACGUUUUUACAGUAAUUUCUUAAUUUCAUGUACAAUAACAUUAUUUCUGAGUUUUCGCAUAAAAUGCAAUCAAAGCCAGAGGCUUCAACAGAUUGGUUUCUAUUAUUUUAUUUGGAUAAAUGUUUAUUAUUUAUUGGUU